AUGAUCGAGUUUACAGUAAAAACAUUGGACUCCAAUAAUCACCACUUUUCAGUGGAUGAUGAGACCACUGUCCAGCAACUUAAGGAGAAAGUGAGAGAGCGGAUGGGCAUAGACCCACAAUUGCAACGCUUUAUAUUCUGCGGACGAGUACUCCAAGAUGAGAAGAAGUUGGCUGAAUACGACGUCAAGGGGAAGGUGGUGCAUUUGGUGCAACGCCCCCCACCGGGGAUGGGGAGCAGGCGUACCGCGACGUCGUCCUCUGCUACUGCUACCACUGGCAACGAACAUUCUAACGGAACCCAACAGCAAAUCCGCAGACUAAUGGCACUAACCUCCCCACCUGGAACAUUGGGUGACGAGCAGCAGUCAAUGAAUCUGUCACCGACCACUGGCCGUCUGGAGUUCAUCCGACGCAUGAUCGCGGACAUCAGGACAUCAAUCGCCCAACUCCGCGCUCACAUCGAGGAAGUGGAGAAUUCUGGUGCUCCAUCUGGCGGAGACGCGCAAUCUGUAUCAAUGGACAAUGAGAGCGGCAACGGCGCGCAACAGGAAGAGGACGAGCCUCAACUGGAUGAGAAUGGCGACGAAGUGCCCGAGGGAUUAGAAGAAAGGGCGCAACAGACACGACGCAGAGCAAUGAGGGCUCUCCGGGCCCGCCAGUCGCGCCCCCGCGAUCUUGGCGUCUUAAUCGAGGAAUUGGAAGUGUUACACAUGCAGUUCACUCCGCACAGGGUGACGUUCAUCAAUAUGCUGCAUGCAGUCAAUCAAGCCGAUCCUCCUGAUUACUCCGAUGAAGAGAGACAGAGCCAUCAGCGCACGAUUGAUAUGACGUCGGAUAUUAUGCACAGUUUUGCCCACGCUUAUCACGCUAUAAGCGACAUUACCUUCCACAUCGGCCAGCGUAACCCACGUCUCACUUCUGAAGCGGCUGUCAUGCGUCAUCCUAUACCAAUGCAGGCGCACAUCAACGUAGUGCAGACGAACCGUCGUCCGCAACAAUCGUCACAAUCGCAGUCGCAAGGGAACAACGCUUCCGCAACCGCGACCUCAGCAGCUCCCGCAACUGCUCCCGCUUCCGCUCCCGCUUCCGCUCCCGCUCCCGCUCCCGCUUCCGCUCCCGCUUCCGCUCCCGCUUCUGCUACUGCGAACGGUAACGGCUCCACCGAGCCGGCCCAAGAGAGUCACGCCGAAAACGCCCAAACGCCGCAAGGCAACGCUCAAGUGGGUAGGAACACAAUGCAACCGACUGUCAAUAUAAACAUACAGCCAAACCCUGUUACCUACCAAGUAGAGAUAGAGACCAGGGUGCCGCUACCGUUUGCGUUAGAAACCGCUCUCUUAAACAAUCUGAAUGCAAUGUCGCCGCCGGGUAUGCACGAGCAUGGUCAACACGUCCAACAGGGCCAACGAGCCCAACAGGGGCAACAAGCCCAACAGGGCCAACAAGCCCAACAGGGCCAACAAGCCCAACAGGGCCAACAAGCCCAACAGGGGCAAACGGGCCAACAGGGGCAACCGGGCCCACAAGGGCAACCCGACCAACAGGGCCAACAAGGUCAACCGGGCCAACAGGGCCAACAGGGCCAAGAAGACCAGAACCAGGCCAAUCGACGCCAAGUAUUAUUCGACUUCGAGAAUUUAUUCCGUGGGCUGGGCCAAGCCGGCACUCUCGGUGGCGUGGAAGUUGUUAUGAGUAUGGAGGAAAUUCCUCAGGCUGGAGCUGGGGCCCUUGGCAAUCUUGCCAACUUGGCCACCACAGCGGCACUCAACAACCAGGCCGUACACCAGGGUGAAGGCGGAGGUAAUGCCGUGCCUGUGCUUGGAGCUGAGAUUUAUCUCGCUCAAAUGCCUUGGGGUGGCCCGCCGAGCGCUGAUCUGCUUCAAAACAUAGUAUCCUCAGUGAUUCGUCAAGUACCCGGAGUGGAAGGUGUUGCCCUGCAUGCCCAGAUGUCUUCAUCGGCUGCAUCGCCUACAUCGGCUCAGGGUAAUCAGACCGCUACCGGCACCCCAAGCCAGAAUGAAGGCCAAUCACAGGCCAAUACAACUGCAACACCUGAGGGCCAAGAGCAACAGCAGAACAACAGCAAUACCACCAGGCAACCGAAUCUGCAUUUGCGCCGCGCCACAUCAACAACGCGUGCGCAAGCUGUCUCGCUCGGCAACAUGGUAUACGAUCGAUUCCUGCAUUGCGAUAAUGCGCACGCAAGGCGUCGCCUACAGAGACGCAGGGAACAACAUCAACAGCAUGUCGCUUCCGUUAUGCGUCUGCGUUCCGAACGUGUGGCCGCCCAGAAUAUCGAUAUCAUCAGGGAACGUGGAUCCAGCCUUAGACGUGAGGACAUACUCGUGAUGGAGCGCUUGCUGCAAUACCCGCCAUCGACUAUCGCCUGGCUAAAUGCGUUCCUAGUCGCCGUUGCUCGCAACGUCUUCGCGUCGGAACUCUUGCAGUCCGUGUCUGGGGAAUCACCGCUGGUGCCAAAUGAGUUCCACGCUGUGCGCAUUCAGCUCCGUUCCUAUAUCCAACAUCUCCUCGACAUCUCGGAAGCUGAGAACAGAGAUAACGCUUUCCAGGGGGCAGCUGAUUACUUGGUCGCCAGCUACAGCAAUUUCAUUUAUGAAAUGCCGUCACUAGUGCCAUUCCGCUCAGACGUCAAUCUGUACGCGUCCAUCAGAUCUCUCCUGAGGGCCAGGAUGCCCCCAGUGAUUGCCACUUUGAUGACCGAGGUCCGAGGAGAAUUUUUUCCAGCUCGGUUCUACUCGCUCUUCGCCAGGCUGUUCACUGACCUCCUGACUCUUGUCUACUACUGUUGUGAGGAUAGAAAUUCGGGGCUUCGCAGACUCUACACUGCUUUCAUGGGUGAGGUGAUUACAAUGGAAGAAGAAGCAAUCAAUGAAUACCUUAUAACAUUAUGCAUGGAUAUUUACCAGCGCGUACGUCCAAAUCUAGCCUCCAACAUAGAGAACAUACAGAUACACAUUCAUCGCAUACCAGGGAGAGAGUCGCAAGCGCAACAGACCUUAAGCCAAGAGCCAGUCCCGAUGGAAGUGUCACCCACCCCGGAGCCUAUGCAGACCACGCCCCCCACCACACCAUCAGUGGAGCAACCACGUCCGCGACCGAACGAAAACACCACGGAGACCGUUACCGUUGAGACCAUGACUGAUCCUGUUGUGAUCUUACCAACUCCGACCACAUCAACCAGCCAACCAACCCCCUCAAGCCAGUCAACCUCUCCAAGCCAGCCAACCCCCUCUCGCCAGCCAUCUCCCCCAAGACAAACAACCCAGCUGCCAUCACCUGUGAUGCAGAACGGUGCACAGAGUAAUGGUGCACAGAGCCCCCAGCCUUCCAGGACUUCAAGAGCCGCAAAAUCGGAUUCAUCAUCGCGUAGCGCGCCCGAGUCGCCAGCAAAUAUUCGAGUGGUUCCACCGGUGCUGAUCAUGCAGCACUGGGGUGAGGAGUGGGUGCCGGUGUUCUCGCGUGACCAACUCAUUCAGCGCAGUGAACAGCCUCCGUACAGCGACGCGUACCUCUCUGGCAUGCCCUCCCGCAAGCGCAGAUGCGUUCGUCAGUCGAGACCGUCAACAACGCUCGACGGAUUCAUUAAUGAGAGCUUCGCCGAGGCGUCGGAACAACUACAGAGGGUGGAGGAGGGCGCCGUACGGGCCGCGUUCCGAGAACACGUGCGCGGACUGACACGCGGCCGCGCCGCCGACUCCGAGGACUACGAGCCGGCGCGCUACGCGGCCGCCGCGCGCUUCCUCGAGCCCGCAAGCAGUUUAGAACCACAACAAGACGGCGGCAGCGAGAGCAAAGGCAGCGUGUGA